AUGGCGCCUCGAUGCUGCGCUCACUGAGGCAGUCUUUGGAGCCGGCUAAAGGAGAUCCAGUGAGGGUUAGGCAAAAGGAGAAACGAACGUUACUGAACUAAACAUGGUGAACACAAGGAAAAGCUCCCGGCCGGGGAGCGGUCCCUUCAUCUCCUCGAGGACUAGGUCGUCGUCAAGAACCGAGCGAAACUCUGAGGAACAUAAGGAGGCCAGUAGUGAUGUGAGCAGUCCCAGCAGCCCGCGGCUGGCUCCCCCUUCCAAGCGGACGCGGCGACAGACUGCCUCCGAGCCAAGCUCCAGCGAUACCUCCCCGUCCCCACAGACUAAGGGCCAGAGGGUCAGCUGGGAAAUUCCCACCUACCGCACCAGGUUGUCCUCUCGCAUAAUGCAAAAUGGACACGCCCAUAUGAGUCACAGGAGUGAGCAGAGUGGAGGUGGAGAUCACUCUCACAUGAAUGGCCACGUGGAGCUGAAGAGGAGCUGCCGGGGGAAGAAGAGCAAAUUUGAACACCUCAAUCAGAGCCUGCUGUUUGACCAGCUGGUCAACAGCACUGCUGAGGCUGUCCUUCAGGAGAUGGACAACAUCAGCAGCAUCAGGCAGAACCGUGAGGUGGAGCGACUCCGCAUGUGGACCGGAGACACUGAGGAGGAAAACAUGGACAUGUAUUCUCGGGUGAAGCGCAGGAAGUCCAUGCGCAGAAGCACUUUCAGCAUGCCUACACACCACAAAGUCCUGAGCAAAAAUGAGCAGCAGGAGGAUGAAGAGGAGGAAGGGACUGGAGAUUCUCACGGCCAGGAAGAGGAGGAGGAUGCAGAGGAUGAGGAUGACGAAGGGGAUGAAGCAGAAGAGGCAGGAGAGGAGGAUGACAGACCGUACAACCUGAGGCAACGAAAAACAGUGCAGAGAUAUGAGGCACCGCCUAUUGAACCUGUGAACAGAAAACAGAGCAACCCCUCACUUUUUGACACCCACAGAUCCCCAGCGAGAAGAAGCCAUAUAAGAGUAAAGAAACAUGCCAUUCACAGCAGUGACACCACCUCGUCUUCUGAUGAAGAGCGCUUUGAGCGGAGAAAAAGCAAAAGCAUGACCCGAGCCAGGAACAGGUGUUUGCCCAUGAACCUGACUUCAGAAGACCUGUCGAGUGGGGUUCUGCGUGAUCGGGCCAAAGUGGGUGCCAGCUUGGCUGAUGUGGACCCCAUGAACCUCGAUAGCUCAGUGAAAUUUGACAACGUGGGUGGCCUCAGUAAUCACAUUCAGUCUCUGAAGGAGAUGGUAGUGUUCCCACUGCUUUAUCCUGAGAUCUUUGAGAGGUUUAAGAUUCAGCCUCCCAGAGGGUGUUUGUUCUACGGCCCUCCAGGGACCGGAAAGACCCUGGUAGCACGGGCGCUGGCCAACGAGUGUAGCCAGGGAGACAAGAAGGUUUCCUUCUUCAUGAGGAAAGGAGCCGACUGCCUCAGCAAGUGGGUCGGGGAAUCAGAACGCCAGCUCCGCCUGCUCUUUGACCAGGCUUACCUGAUGAGGCCAUCCAUCAUUUUCUUUGAUGAGAUCGAUGGUUUGGCUCCUGUUCGCUCCAGCAGGCAGGACCAGAUACACAGCUCCAUAGUUUCCACUCUGCUGGCCUUGAUGGAUGGCUUGGACAGUCGUGGGGAGAUAGUGGUCAUCGGUGCUACAAACAGACUUGACUCUAUCGACCCGGCACUCAGGAGGCCUGGACGCUUUGACCGGGAGUUUCUGUUCAACCUACCCGACAAGAAGGCCAGAAAGCACAUCUUGGAGAUUCACACACGGGAGUGGAAUCCCAAACUGGCCGAGCCAUUUGUAGAUGAACUAGCAGAAAAAUGUGUCGGCUACUGCGGUGCUGACAUCAAAGCACUUUGCACAGAGGCAGCCUUGGCGGCGUUGCGCCGCCGCUACCCUCAGAUCUAUGGCAGCAGCGUCAAGCUGAGCCUGGACGUCGCCUCCAUCGUCUUAGGGCCCGCCGACUUCAGCAAGGCCAUUACGACAAUCGUGCCAGCCUCCCAGAGGGCCCUGGCCCCCCCCGGCCGAGCCCUGUCCCCCACCCUCAGGCCCCUGCUGGCCAGCUCUUUCUCUUUGGUGCUGAAAGCUCUGCUCCGAGUCUUCCCCCACGCUCAGUGCACUGACGGGGACAACACACACGGUGGUGACAAUCAGCUGCUUGAAGACCACUCGUACAGCGACGAUGACAAUGAGGAGCGCUCUGCCUCCAUCUAUGAAGUCCAGCCUGCUGUAUCCCCAAAGAGUCAGCCGCCCUCCUCUUCUGCAACGCACAGACCCUUCCUCCACUUCUCCUCCUCUGCCCUCCAACAGCCCACGGCAUACCGGCCUCGUCUGAUGCUGGCCGGGGCCCCCGGCUCAGGGCAGAGCUCCCACGUGGCCCCCGCCUUGCUGCACCACCUGGACAAGCUGCCGGUGCACCGGCUGGAUUUGCCCACUCUCUACUCCGUCAGCGCUAAGACGCCAGAGGAGUCCUGUGCUCAGGUUUUCCGGGAGGCCCGUCGGAGCGUGCCCAGCGUGGUGUUCAUGCCGCACAUCUCUGAGUGGUGGGACACGGUGAGUGACACCGUGAAGAGCACCUUCCUCACCCUGCUGCAGGAUGUGCCCUCUUUCAGCCCCAUCCUCAUCCUCGCCACUGCUGAGACUCACUACUCGCAGCUGUCAGAAGAGCUCAGAAGUUUGUUCCAGAGGACCUACGGCGAGGUCGUGACGCUGUGCUCUCCAGCAGAAGAGGACAGGAAGAGCUUCUUCUCCGACCUGCUGCUGGUCCAAGCAGCCAGGGCUCCGCCUCGCCUCAGGACUACAGGGAGGUGUGAAGAGGUGCUGCCGGCGGCGGAGGCUCCGGGCCCCAGAGUCCUGUCAACAGAGGAGCAGCGCCGCUUGGCUGAGCAGGAGGAGAACACACUACGGGAGCUCCGGCUCUUUCUCAGGGACGUGACCAAGCGCCUGGCCACCGACAAACGCUUCAACAUCUUCAGCAAGCCGGUUGACAUCGAUGAGGUGUCGGACUACCUGGAGGUUAUUGGGCAGCCGAUGGACCUGUCCACUGCCAUGACCAAGAUUGACACCCACCAGUACCUGAGAGUGAAGGAGUUCCUGAGGGACAUCGACCUCAUCUGCAGCAACGCUUUAGAAUACAAUCCUGACAAGGAUCCUGGAGACAAGGUGAUCAGGCACCGAGCAUGCAGUUUAAAGGACACCGCUCACGCUAUAUUUGCUGCCGAGCUGGACCCCGAGUUCGACCGCAUGUGUGAAGAGAUCAAGGAGGCGCGCAGGAAGAGAGACCUCCAGGCGCCGGCUCAGCUGACGGAGAUGAUGGGCUCCGAGGAGACCGGGAGGCCCCACGCUGCAGCAGAGGAGCAGGCCAAGAGCAGCACUCAGGGCGAGGCCGCCGACAAACAGUGCACCACGAAUCAUAUAAAGCGUAAGAUUCGCCGGCGGCCAUCCUGGGGGCGGGGCAUCAUCCGUAAGAAGAGGAGCUACAGGAAGGAGACGGAGGAGGGGGAGGCCGAGGCGGAGGUCGCCGUGCCCAGUGACUCGUGUCUGACGCAGGAUGAGGAAUCGUCUUGUGAUACCAUGGGCCCCCAGCCCAAUGGCCACCAUCCCCACGGCCCCUCCACAGAGGAGGAGAGCUCCAACGAGCCCCCUGUCGCAGCUCCUGCCGAACCUCCAGAUGCCAGUGAGGCCCGAGAAGAGCCGGAGGAGGAGGCGCCCGAGAACACGGAGAAACACACCGAGCUGCAUUGCCUUGGUGGCAGUUCUGAGCCCGAGGCAGACGGCGAUGGCCAUGCCAAGCAGGCCCACCUCAAGCCUCCGAUGGAAACGUCCAAAUCUUCAUGUGCAGAGGUCCAGCCGAAGCACGCGGAGGGUCUCUUAGUAUCACGAGCGGGCUGCGUGAACGGAAACGAGUCGAUGGACAGCCUGGACUCGCAGAGCAUCAAGAGGAGCAGCGAGGCUGAGAAAAGGAGUCCUCGGAGCGUGACGGAGCGCUCUAAUGAACCAGAACAGGAAGAGCACAAAGACAAAAACGAGAGCAAUCCAACUCAGGAGCACCCACCCCAGCAUGGGAGAGCAGUAACGGAGAACGCUGAGGAAGAGAGAGAUCCAGAAGGUUCCACAGCCGAGACGUGCAGGGUGAGCCCGUCGGAGCAGGGGUCUGCUGAAAAGACGGAGGAAGAGCCACAACCAGUCGCUCCCCAGCCUCCCUUAGUGGUUGACCACCAGCGACUUUCGGCUCUACUGGGUACGGUGGUGAUGAAGAGUGAGGGCUACAGCGUGGAGCAGCUGGAGAGACUGUACUCUCUCCUCAGCCAGUGUAUCUACAAACACCGCAGAGAGUACGACAAGACCCAGCUACUGGAGGAGAUGGAGGGGAGAAUCCAGCAUUUUAAUACAUUCCUGUGAGAUGGAGAGAAUACCGACUCAGGUAGAUCCUGAACAGCGUGGGACCACAAAGACACACACGGACUGUGAAGGAGUUUCAAAGUCCAGCGCUCAACACAAGAAACACACACACACACACACAGAAAACCCAGCGCCCUCUUCUUGCUGAGAGGCGACACAACGAGGACGACGUUGAGGACAGAGACUUUCAAUGGUGCUAUCGUCUCAGGAACCUGGCCAGAUCCAGACCCAUUCUACACAAACCAAACUCCUGGAGGUGUGUCGGACACACACACACACACACACACACACACACACACACACACACACACACGAACCGUGACGGGCAACCCUGGUGCUACUCGGGUGCUAUCGUAACUUUCAUCCAUGCUGCUCUUGGGACUACUUACUUACUUAACUUGGAUGACUUGCAAAACCAACAGAUCGGGUGAUGUCACAUCGCAACCUGGCCUCUUCCCCUCCGGAGCAGGCCGUGCAUACACACACACACACACACACCCUGACACUUGGGUAUGCAUGUAUUUUAUACAAACACACACCCAGAAAAGCACAUACUUACACACACACUCACCCAGAUCGUCACCAGCAGAAGUGUGAAUGCAGAGUGCCGCUAGGAGAGGACGGUUUAAUGUUCUGAAUCACUGAACCAUGUUGCUGAGCCCGUCCCCCCCCCCCCCCCCACGAGUGGAAUGCUUCGUCAUAGCCCGGUUGUUACCACGCUCUUACGCGGCUCCAUCUUGCUGCCAUUUUAGCCACUUGAUUUAUUCGAUAUCUGAGCCGCCGUCGAGGAUCCUCGCCCAGAACAAUAGUUUACAAAGACGUUGUAGUGCGAACACACAUUUGAUGAGGUUAGCGCAGCAGGACCGGGAGCGAUUAUGUCCUCUUCAUUACAGCGGCCGGCGGGUGUGGAGAGCCGGCGGCCCCCUCGGCAUUCGGAGAGAGUUACUGGUGAACGAGCUGCACAGCGCCUGCAGGUCAGCUGCACGGCCACUUCUCUCAUCGGCCACCUCUGGCGUUCUUAGCAGAUUGUCAUGUCCUGAACAGUUUGUGGUAGCCCCCCCCCCCCCUCUGCUCAUUACAUUCAGUCUUGAAUGUUUCCCCUCCCACUCAAGCUGUGCCCGCCAGUUGAUUCUCGCACCGACACCCCGGCCGAGGAACUGGAAGCAGUACCAAUUGGAAUGCGUCUAGAGAUUGCACUGCCUAGUGUGUGCCUUAUUUAAAGACCUCAUAUAAAACUGAUAUAUUUCGCAGAUUUUUUUUUUUUUUUUAUUUACUACUUGUGACAAUGAACCGGCUCCAAGUCUAUGUGGGUCCUAACCACUGAGGUCCUUAAAGGAACAAACAUAUCUGUAUUUAGGUCAUUUAAUAACCCGUCUAGGUUGUACAUCUCCAGCCCGGGCCAGAAAACAAACAAAUCCACAUUUGAAAAUCUGAAUACAAGCGUAGGUUUCGAAACUUGCCUCCCGUGUCAGUGUUUGGCCAGAUGCGUCCCAAGCACUUGACAUGUUUUUUUUUUUUUUUCAAUAUUUAAAUGUAUUCACGCCCUGUUAAAAGCCAGACUUGUUGAAGAGGUCGGUCUCCACCCGAGCGAACAGCAGGUGUAAGAAGAGGUCGACAACACCAGCUUUCCUUCAGCUCUCCAUAUGCAAAACAAUAAGUAAAGAUAGAUAUGGUGCGAGAGUCACGCCGUGCCAAGUGACCAAGGUGCUGUCAUAACGGUGGGACUAUGGAAAUGUUCUAUUAGACGGUCAUAACAACCUGUUAUGUUGUGUAUUUGAUAAUAAUUUUUUACGGUUUUCUUUUUAUAAAAUGCUUUGCUUGAGUUGUGAACCCAUAAUGAACAAGGCCAUUCUAGGCAGUGCCCGUCACUAAGGUGUAUAAAGCAUUACAUGAUUAUUAUUUUUGGUCCUCCUUUCAAAUGCGUGUUCUGACUUUAUGGAUUUAUUUCCUCUGUUUUCCUCCACACCAGUCAAGGGAAGCUGGAUUCACAUCUGUGUCUGACUGCAGUAGACGCAGGUAUUUGCUGAAGCUUUACUGAGUUGUCGGGGCAUCGUCGCGCUCUCUUUGGAGAUGCCACACGUGGGCCGUCGUAGACUGAAGGAGGCUUCUUCUUUCACUCCUGACCCCUGACCCCCAGCUCACCUCUGCCUUCUCCUCACAUUCUAGGUGACGAAAGCAAAGACCAAUAUGCAAACUGGCAACGACAGCUUAGCACUUGGACUACUGCAGAGAGAAAAACCAACGCUACCUCAGCUUAAUUUAUUUUAAUCCGAAAACUGUUUACUGGGUACAAAAAACAAACCGACAGUAUUUUCUCUCCCCCCGAAAUACUGCUGCGACAUCUCCAGUACCACCAAAGGUACCAGAUCAGUGACACGCGGCUGCUGCAGUACUCCAAGAGUUGUUUGUGUAUCUCUCCGAUUGUUAUGUACGUUUGCGUCUGAGCCAGAUGAUGAUUGCAUACAUUUUAAGCAUCCUUCAUGGACUGUAUAUUUUAUACUUUAGCUUCAGGUUCUCUUAACGUCCUUCAUGUUAUCGCCCUCAUCCCUUCGUAGAAGCGUUCUCUGCCUCUUCUCACAGCCAUCGCCUUUAUUUCUAAUUCAGUGUGCAGGUUUUCAUCUCAUGAUUCAGAUUAUUUAUUAUUAAACACGUUUUUACACCUAAUAUUCAGUCAAUUGUCUUUUUGUACGUUUUGAAAUUUAACCAAUCGGGAAGCGUUUUUAACAGUUUUUUGCUGAAUUGCGUAGCGUUUGUGUAGCAGGUUUAUUUGGCGUGUGUGUGUGUGGGGGGGGAAUAUAAAGGGUUUACAGGUCUCAGGUUCAACACGCGACAACAACUUUUCUAUUUAUUUCAUUGUUCUGGUGUUUUUGUUUAAGACUGUGGCAUACUGGAAGAGACUAACAGGACGCAAUAGACGCUCCAAACGCCCCGGGAAGAGAAACGGGACCAGACUAAUGUUCACUUUCUCUCCACGUUCUGCCACAAGAGUUAUUUUUAAUGAAUUUAGUAACGCAUAUGGAAAUCAAAUAUGGGUAGUUAAAUGUCAUACAUUGCGAUCUUCCUUUCUUAUUAUAAAUUGUAGCCAGUUUGGACUAACAACCAAUUUUUGUCUGGUAGUUGAGACUACUUAGUCCAGUGUGCAGAGGGAGCGUUUGUUCUGUCCUCACUCCGUUCUGUCCCAUUGUUCAUGUUGGUGAAGCCUUCCCCCGUAGCUCUGUCCCUUCUGUCCCUUUGUGAAUUUAACACACCUGUUUCGCAAUUGUUUUAGUGUAAGUUAUAUUUGAAAUGAAACAUUUACUGUAUUUCUCAAAUAAACUGCUGUGAUAUACUUGAAUAAAAAGGUGCAAACUGUA